AUGACGAUGACAAAGUGGUGUCUCUUCAUUUUAUUGUCAUGGCAACUAUAUCCGACAGAGUCCACUGGAUCCAAUACAUCACAGAUCCACCAAGCUCCAACAAGAGAAGAAGAAGACUUCCAAAAUCAUCAUGAUCAUGACUACAACGUCACGGAAUAUUGGUUCAACUGCACGAUUGACCACUUUAAUUUUCGACCCACCACGGUUCCCACCUUUGGACUGCGCUAUUUUGUCAAUGACGAUUAUUAUACACCCAAUGGUCCUGUCUUUUUCUAUGCCGGAAACGAGGCCGACAUUUUGCAAUUUGUCAAGAACAGCGGAUUCAUGUUCGAGGCGGCCCAAGAGUUUGGAGCUAUGGUGGUCUUUGCGGAGCAUCGGUAUUAUGGAAAGAGCAAUCCAUUUGGCGAUGAAUAUGCUUUAGGAAAAGGUUACAAUAUUUCCUUUUUGAGUGUGGAACAAGCCAUGCAAGAUUACAACCAGCUCAAUCUACACAUGCGACGAAAAUGGAAGAUGCCAGCGGGCUUGUCAACUCCCUUUAUUGUAUUUGGUGGUAGUUAUGGAGGCAAUCUUGCCUUGUGGAUGCGUCUCAAGAAUCCAAAUUUGUGGGCAGGUGCCGUUGCAUCGUCCGUGACACCACUCAAGCAUUUGCUCCGAGAAACCAAUGGAUUCACCAGAAUUGAAACGGAAGCCUAUGGGAAUGUGUCCAAGGAAUGCCCCGAUCUAGUCCGACAAGGAUGGAAGGAGUUAUACGAAUUGGCAAAGGAAGAUCCAGGCAAAGAAGUAAUCGCUGAAGCAUUGCACCUUUGUGACAAACACCAUGUGAAUCCUUCCAACAUUCACGGUUGGAUUUCCGGUGCUCUGGAAACCAUGGUUCAGUAUGGAUAUCCUUAUCCGACAAACUUUUACAAUCCUGUUCCUGGAUAUCCAUUCAAAGUUGCUUGUGAGAAUAUGAUAAAGGGUGAAACAGGUCUAGGGGCCUUGUAUGCUGCAGCUGCCAUUUACUACAACUAUACUGGUCAAGCUGGAGAUUGCUUUGAUUUUGGAUCCAUCCUAGAAGCAUCCCGGAAGCAUUGGAAGCGACAUGGUCGUUUCGACUAUUUGGCCAAAAUCACUACUGAUAUGGGGAAUAAUGCUAUGGAUGAUAUGAGCACUUUAAUGAAGGGCCGCAUUUUGACGUCCCUACAGGAUGCCACGGACCAUGCAUGGGGAUAUCAAACCUGCACCGAAGUCUACCAACCCAUGCCCACUGAUGGGGUAACAGAUUUUGAGCUUCCCUACCAACCCGAUCAAGAGUCCUACUUUGCAAACUGUCAAGAAACUUGGGGUGUGACUCCCCGACCGAAUUGGGAAGAAAUGUACUUUAUGGGGAUUGACAUUGGCAGUGGAUCCAACAUUUUCAUUACGAAUGGACAAGUGGAUCCUUGGCGGGCGGCGGGGAUUACGGAGUUGCCCAAGGGAUCCAAUCCUUCGAUUGUCACUCGCACGAUUGCCAUGGGUGCCCAUCACUUUGAUCUCCGAGGCGCACAUCCAAUGGAUCCACCAGCAGUAACAGCUGUACGAAACGAAGAAAAGGAGCAUAUGAGAAAGUGGAUUGCCGAGUGGGCAGAGAACCAUAGCUAG